AUGGCAACUACAACUACAAGUCGCCCCUUGCUGGGCUUGCUCGAAGCUCUACGACGAAACCCUGAAUCCGAUCAGACAAAUCGAAUCCUCUCCUCCGCGACAUCUCUCCUCACAACCCUUUCCAACCCUCUAAACAUCACACUCCUCACCACGAUUCUUCUCACGGGUCCUGCUCUAUGGGGUCCAAGCGAUGGUCUUACAACGAGCUACCGCAUUAUAAGUGUAUUUAAUACAGCCGCGAUUGCGGUACAUAAACAUCAAACCGAAGGAGGAGCAACCAAACCUUAUGAUGCCUAUCAACCUCGACUUGGAGGUGGACUUACGUGCGAUAAAUGGACUACAGCUGUUUUGGCUGGAUUGAAUGAGAGGUCUCAAAGAUGGCAGCACGCUUUGGUUUCUGCGGGAGUUCUUCUAGGAAUGGAAUCGAGCGAAAGACGUGGAUUAUCACCAGCACUGAGGGGAAAGAUCGAAAAUGCCCUUGCUACAGCUUCAACAUUGGUGAUGCGGGAACCGGCAAUUGCUGGACCGCUGGGAGUGGCAGCAGCAGCUUUGGCUCUUAAUUAUGGGUAUCCUUUGUUUUCGGAUAUGACGAGGAGAAUGUUGGACUACGAUGCGAUGAUCAUGCCACUUCUCACUUCUAUGACCUCCUUUCAUGGAUACGAGAAUGGUCACUUUGUCGAAGCAGCAAACUCGGAUAUUAGACAGGUUCAAGGAAGGCGUUUCGACUGGUCGCCGGCAUCCAAUUCCUUCCGCUAUCUUCAGGCGCUAGGAUCGAAACCAUUGGUAGCUUCAGUGGGCUCGAUGUCUAGAAUCAUAUCUGAUGCUAUUGAAAGAUGCUCAAAUCCACAUAGAGCAAUCGAGGCACUUGAUCACCUACUUGGCUUUACGGGAAUUCUGUUGUCAGCUUGGGAAGCAAAUAAGCUCUCAGAGCUUGAUACAUCAGAGGAAGAGACUUUUCUUACACCAGAGACACGUCGAAUUACGUACCCAGCUUUAUGGCAGUUGCUUAAAGGGGUAAUGUUCUCGACAGUUGUCAUAUUACGUUCGAUCGUAGCGAAGACAGUCACAAAUUCUCUACUAUCAUCGAAUGGGGUAGCUCCGACCAUUGCAUCGAAGAGUUUGUUGAUACUUCGAAAUAUACAUUUCAUAUCGUCAAGAACUGGAUCUAACUCGCUUUCUGCGCUUACCUUUAUCAAUCUCGCAUCGAUCGAUAUACUCAACCGGUUCCCUCUUCAAGCCAGAGAUUUCCUAAAAAGCAUCCAUCCGGCUCAUCCAGGUCAAAUACCGACACACCCCCUACAGCGCAGUCACGACCUAUUCUACCUCAACACCGUAGAGCACUUCACCCUAAUAAUGUCUCCCGCAACUGCAGAGAACCUGAUCUUUAUCCCCGCCUCCCCAUACCUCAAUCCCACCGCCAACGUCCACCUUCUCGAAAUCUUCGAAGCCGCUCACAGCGCCAUGCUCGCCAUGCUAGCAGCCCCCCAAAGCGGCCCUCUGACAGCCAAAGUCCUACCUUUCUACGUCGAAUCCCUAUUCAACUCCUUCCCCACCAACCUCUCACCCCGCCAAUUCCGCUUCGCCUUCAAAUCCCUUAUGCAACUCACCACCCCACCUGCCCCAAUCUCAGCAACAGAGCCACAACUCGCGGAAACCCUCCUAGAAUUCCUGCACCACCGCGCCCUCAACGCCCCAACAUCCCCCCUUCCUCCCUCAAUGGCCAUCAAAUCCCAAGCAGACGCCCAAACCGCCCCCUCACCCCCGCUCUCCGAACAAGCAAUCCUCCUCCUCACGCUCCUAGACGCGCUGCCGAAUCUCCCGCUGAACGUACUGGAAGAAUGGCUCCCCCUUUCAGCUGACCUCCUGAACGCGAUUCCGGAUGCGGGGAUGCGAGAGCAUUGUAAAAGGAGAUUCUGGGAGUUGAUGGAGAGUGGUGAGAUGGAUAUUGAUCGGAGUGCGGUUUGUGUUGCUUGGUGGAGCUCGAGAGGGGGGAGGGAGAUGGUGCUUUUUGGGAAGAGGGAGGGGCCGUUUAUGAGUGGAGGGUUGGGGAGGAGGGAAAGUUUGUUGUGA